AUGAGGAGCAUCAGACUUCCGGAGCCGCCCGGCGCUACCCUGGGGAUGCCGGAGAUCUUCGAGGGGGGGGGCUACAGCGUCGUGAGGCGCGCGGUCGUGAUCGGUAAUGGUUAUUCCGGCGCGGAGAAUCAGUGCAUCGGGCUGGUUCGCGCGCUGGGGCUCUCCGACAACCAGACACUAUAUGUGCGUUCCUGGUGUUUCCAGAUUCUCUGAGCCGUGCUUGUUUUCCUUCGGACCAUCUUGAUACUGUUGAAAUUCGAAUGAAAAACCUUUUUGUGGGAAUUUUGUGUUUUGGUGUUUUGUUCUCUUGGUUGCUCUGGUUUUUUUUAGCGAAAUUUUCGACACAUCCUCUAUGUCUACGAACUGAUUGGAUUCGAAUCCAAUUUUCUUCGCAGUUUGUCAUACUAUUUUCCCCUUCUAACCUAUGUCCUGUGAUAGUUAUUUAAUCUUAGAGCAGCAGGGUUCUUGUGGGAAUGGAAACUGUGAUUCACUAGCAUUCGCUGCCCUUCUCAGGAGACAACUUCUUGUUGUAAAUGACAAAUUGAAAGCGUCGCUUUCGAUGCCAUAAUUGUAAAUAAGUCUCUGAUCACAAGAAACGUGUUUCCUAUUGUUAAUAAAAUUGUGUAUUCACUUCAGAAACCAGUGUCAACAUCACGAAAACCAACAAUCACUAUUUUUAGACCCCAAUAAUUUCCUGUUGGUAUUUAGGCGUCAUUGAGGCAAUGACGGGCAUUGAACCAUACGAACCUAUCACUACGUCGUGAUAAAUGGUUAAACCCUGAAGUCAGUGGUCGUGUUCUGUGCACAGAAUUCGUUCACGUUUUUUGUGUCAUCCCUAGCGUGCUUUUAUCUUCAAUAUAUCUUGCAAUACGAGCAUAUGAAGUAUUUAGAUAUGUUUCAUCUUUUGCUAAAAGAAAACAUGAAUCCAUUUGCUUUAUACUUGGAUAAAUCUAUCCAUUCGUCGCUUUUUAAUUUAUAUAUCCGUGUACAUCUUAUUUUUAUCCCCAAAAGUGUCAAUGAACAGUUUCUUCUGCCUCAAUUUUAUAGCAUAAAAGUUACCGAUUUAUAAUGGUGGGAAAGUUCCCAGUUUGCACUGGUGUGGCAAUAUUAUUGUGUCGUAUGACUUCUCUAUUUUUUUUUCUGUAUUGAGAUAUGCAUGAGCUAUGAGGUCUCUGUUGUAAAAAUGUUUUAAAAAUCACGGAAUAUUGAGAUCGUUUUUAUUUUUUACGGUUGUGCUAGAAGAAAUAUAUGUGAUUUACUUGCACGAUUUUUUUAUUGAAACUUUCUAUAACAAUAUUGCUUUAUAGUUUUGUUCUUUUCUCUGACCAUCUAUUUUUCUCAUUUAUCAGGAUUUUUUUCCUUUAGUCCUGAAGCAAAAUUGGACAGUUUUUUUUUUUUCUUCCAGUUACUUAUUCAAUUUCUGAGCUUCUGUUGAUAAUUUAUGCAGAGGGUUACAAGACCAAGAGGACGGAUCAAUGAUUGGCUCCGUUGGCUUCCUGUAUCAUUUCACAAGAAGUUAGACUAUGCCAUCAGAAGAGUAUUUGGGGAAUCGCGGCUAUUCAUGCUACUUCAGGGGAAGAAAGUGUCGUCAUUACCAUACCAAAAUGGUAGGAUGAGCGGCUUGUCUUCUGUGUUAGAGGCUGAUGCAAAGCAGAUCGCAGCAAUGGCUCACGAGACUUUUGAUAAGUAUGUUUCGCUAUAUGAUUAUUGGUUUCCCCAUCUUAUUUUUCUGCGUCAGAGAAGUGUAAGGAGUACUUUGUGUUCACGGGUUACUCAAAAGUUUGAAUGGCAUCAAAUAGAAGUGAUUGGAUGAAAACCCUUCAUACAGUAUGCAUGUUUUCUCAUCCUCCUGUUUAAUAUCUGCAUUGCUUCAGGCAAAGGUGUCUGCAGACUUUAGGGUGAUUUGGUGGGUCAAAUUUGCCUUGUCAUCUACUCCGUGCACUAUCUAUGCUUCUAUUAUGUUGUGUUUGAAGUUUUGUUUUAUAAAGUCGUCUAAUGUCUGAAUUGAUAUCAGUAGUUUCUAUUAUUAGUUUGGAUUUCUCUUCAGCCGCUAUUUAUAUCUGUUGCAUAUUACGAUUUUUUUUUCUAGUAUAUUUGAUGAAUUUUACGAAUAUUUUUCAUUACGAAUAUUUCUCUUCACCCCCAACAGUCGUCUAGUAUAUUACGAAUAUUUUAUUUUUUGUAGUAUAUUUAUCUUCAGCCGAUAUUUAAAAGUAUAACAUCCUGGAAUGUUUCAGGGAAGGUCCAUUGCUAGUGGUUGCUUCAGGUUGGGAUACGAUCUCAAUAGCCAGUUCAAUAAGGCGUUUAGCACCCCAAAGUGUUUUUGUCGUUCAGGUUGUGAGUCAAUGCAAGUUAAUUAUUAUAUGCAUUUAUCUAAGUCACGUUUUGUCUGAACUGGUCACUUGGAAUAUUUCUCUUACCUUACUAUUUUGUCUCAGAUACAACAUCCGAGAACACAUCUAGAUCGGUUUGAUAUGGUAGUCACUCCGCAGCAUGAUUAUUAUCCUUUGACACCAAGUGGACAACAAGAGAUCCCUAAAUUUCUACGGCGGUGGAUAACUCCACGAGAACCCCCUGGCAGUAAUGUGGUAUGCUCUCCAGGGUACUUGUUUUUUCUGUUGGAUUACAUAUUUUUCCUCUUUCAAGCCUUCGUUUACUAAUUAAUUUCGUCUCAUUUUGAAACUUUUGGAAGAUCAGGUUCUCACUGUUGGGGCAUUACAUCAAGUUGACUCUUCCACACUUCGGGCUGCUGCUCUGACGUGGCAUAAUGAGUUGGCACCCCUCCCUAGGCCUUUGCUGGUCAUAAACAUUGGCGGCCCAACAAGUAAUGCUAUGCUUCUCUCCUUUUCUUGCACACUCAUUCGUCUUGGCACUGAUAAUUUAUUUUAUCUUUCGCAUGCGUUUUUGUGCUUGGCAAUGAGUCAUUACUGUCCCACCUAAUUUCAUUUUACUUCAAAUUGUCUGAAUUUUCCUGUUAAAUGCAAUAGGACGAUGAUACACACCAAAUCUUGUCAACAUAUAGGUUUCAUAAAAUUUCUCGCAGUUGGCUUAGAGAACCUUACAAUGUACAAUCUGAUCAUAGCCUCUAUGUGACCCGGAGUGUAGUAGUCUUGUUAAUGCAACAGAAAUAUUCCCUUCCAGGAAACGAUAGGCAAAUGUUUUGUAGGGUACCACAUAAACAGAAUAAAGAUAGAACGUUUGAUGCACUUGGAUCUUAUGCAAUCUUUAUGAUUAUGUCAGGCCACUGUAGAUAUGGUGUAGACCUCGCCAAGCAGUUGGUAGAUGCGCUGCACAAGGUGCUGCCCAGUUGUGGUAGCGUCAGAGUCUCUUUCUCCAGGAGAACACCUGAAAAGGUUGCAACGCAUGUACAUCUGCCCUCAUUUCAUAAGCGAUUCUCAACUUCAUCACAAAGUAUGUGACCUUUUUCGCGUUUUUCAAUCUUUAACAGGUCUCAGGCAUUAUAUUGAGACAAUUUCGUGAUCACCCAAAGGUCUAUAUUUGGGGUGGAGAAGGUAAAUCUCUCUCUCUCUCUCUCUCUCUCUCUCUCUCUCUCUCUCUCUCUCUCUCAUCCCAUCUGGGUCCCUUUUUAUGCUUGUUUUGAAUUCUACUUAUACAUUGGCACAGAGUUUAGUAAUCACCCAGAAGUGUCUUUUCUUUCUCUCUCUUUUUUUUUGGGCAAGUGGGUCCUUUGUUAUGCUUCUUUUGUUCUCUAAUUCCAAGAAAAAAAAAUUCAUGUGGGUUUUAUAAUCGUAGUUUGGAAUUAUAAUUCCAAUAUAUAUGAUAAUUGACUAACUUGGCGUCAUCUCAGAUCCGAACCCCCACAUGGGCCACCUUGCCUGGGCCGACGCGUUCGUCAUAACAGCAGACUCCGUCAGCAUGUUGAGCGAGGCCUGCACCACUGGGUACACCAUCCAUCAUUCAAAAAAAAAAAAAAACCCUCCUUUGUGCCAUUAGUAAUCAAUCAGAACCUCUCAUAAUUUCCCACAGGAAGCCGGUCUACGUGGCGGGUGCCGAGCGCUGCACGUGGAAGUUCUCGGCCUUCCACAAGAGCCUCCGCGACAGGGGCAUGUCCCGGCCGUUCACCGGCAAAGAAGAUGUGAGUGAGCAACAGCAGCGUGGGAUGAUGAUUACGUAAUCUGGUGUGAUGAGUUGUCUAAUAUUCUGCUCCUGGGUUUCACUGGAUCUGUAGAUAUCCGAAAGCUGGUGUUACCCGCCGCUGAACGACGCCGGGGAGGCUGCUGCCCGGGUCCGGGUUGCUCUGGCGGAGAGAGGAUGGAGCCUGGGGCGGUGA